UUCAGUUGUUAAUGUUGUUAUAAUAAUAUUUAAUAAUAUAUUAUUAUUUAUAAAGUGUCAAAUAUUAUUCGUAAGUUUGUGAAAAGACGUGUUUGGUGUUCACUGUUCAUGCUUAUAACAAAAGUAUUAUUUUAAAUAUCUAAAAUGUCGAGAAGUAAGAAAUUACUGGCUUUAGCUUUAGCUAAAGAUUCACCAAGUUUUCAUGCAAACGAAGAAUUAUUGAAAUUGCAGAAUAAUACUAUUCACCAGAAAACAGCAAAUAACAGUAAUAAAAGUGAGUAUUUCAGAAAUGUAAAUACUGAUGUAUUUAGCAGUAAAGAUUUGCCAUUGCAAUUUCCUUAUCAAAAUACCAAAAAUGAAAAUAAAAUAGAAAAAUCUUAUGACUUGCGUCCUAUACCAAACACAUUAUCAGCACAUGUAAUACAUGACCCAGGAGAUGAAAUUUUAAGCAACAAUUCAUCAUCGUCAGUAUUUGAUGAUUCAGAUGCUGACCAAACCUAUAAUCCAUUUUACAUAAAACAGAAAACUACAGAAGUGUGUAGCAAUAAUAGUCCAGACUGUAUAGAGGCAUCUAUUGAUUUGUUUGAUUCUUUAUCCAAAAGUAAUGAGGUAUUAACUGAGUUAUCUCAAAAUCUUGAUUCUACUAAAAAUAUUCAAGCUGAAGUAAAUAAAAAUGCAUGUAGAAAACUUUCAUAUAUUACAAAUGAAGAUUGUGUGAAGAGAAGUUUUGAUGAGGUAUCAUGUAGUUACUCUCUAGAUACAAUUAAAUUCACUAACCAACCAUCUACAUCUAAUCAAGUAGCAGGUAUAAUUGAAAACAAUUCCAACAGCUUAUUAUUACAAAGUAAUGAGCCAACUGCAAACAACCAAAAUAUUAUACAUGAUAAUGGUGAUGAAAUUGGCCAUGUUGUUUGUAGUAAGAAUAAACGAUACAAAAAAGGUAAACGUAAUUUUAUGAGUAAUUGUAAAUAUCUUGGUCAAGAAUAUGAAGACAGAAAUGGGAAACAGAAGCCAAAAAAAGUAUUUAGGACAAUCAAAUUUUGUUGUAAAAAGAAUUGUUUUAAUCUUUGCCCUGAAGAUAUACAAAAAUUAAUAUUUGAAGAGUUCUACGGAUUAGGAAACUUAGGAGCACAAGAUCAAACAUUAAUGGAUGGCAUUCAAAUAGAGGAAAAGAAAAGGGCAACUACAUUUAUCAGAAAAUCAGCACCUAGAACUACACAUAAUAGGCUUGUAACUGUCAUAUAUAAUUUACAAGUAAAUGGUAAAAUGUUGAAUGUGUGCAAAAAAAUGUUCCAAAAUGUUUAUGGUAUAGGGCGUGGAAGACUAGAUGUGAUCAUUAAUAAAAAAAAAAAAUCUAUAACAGGGAUUUCACCUAAAUCUGGGAAAGGUAAAUCACAAAAUUUUCAACAGGAAGAAAGAGUAAAAAUUUUGAAUCAUAUUCAAAGUUUUCCUGCUUUUGAAAGCCAUUAUUCAAGAAAAAAUACUAGUCGUUUAUAUUUAUCACAGAAUUUAAACAUUCAAAAAAUGUUUGAUCUGUACAAAGAACAAUGUUCUGAAAAUGGUGAAAGUUAUUCAUCAAAUUGGUUGUAUAGAAGUGUUUUUGCAGAAACAGGACUUAAGUUUAAGUUACCAUCUGUUGAUACUUGUUAAACUUGCGAUGAAUACAAUAUGAAAUCAAAACAUUCUAGUGGUGAAGAACUACAACUUUUAAAUACCAUGAAUCAAAAUCACAAAGAUAUGGUAGAUGCGGCAUAUAAAGCAAAACAAGAAGAUAAAAAACUAUUAAGUACUAUUCCUAAUCUUAAAGUUAUCGUUUUUGAUUUGCAGCAAUGCUUGCCCACUCCAGAUUUGAAAUCAAAUGUAGUUUUCUACAAACGUCAACUUUGGACUUACAAUGAAACUAUACGAGAUAUUGGACUUAAA